AUGUUUGUAUUUUCCGUGGAUGUUCCAAGAAAUUUUCGCUUGCUUGAAGAGUUAGAAGAUGGGCAAAAAGGUAAAGGUGAUGGAAAUAUAUCGUGGGGUUUGGAAGAUGAUGAAGAUAUGUCGUUAACUCGAUGGACUGGGAUGAUUAUUGGUCCGCCAAGGACUCCAUUUGAAUCGCGUAUCUACAAUCUUCGCUUAGAAUGUGGUCCAAAUUAUCCAAAAGAAGCUCCUUCUGUUCGAUUCACCACGAAAAUAAAUAUAAAUGGUGUAAAUCAGUUAAAUGGAUUGGUUGAUAAACGUUAUGUACCUGUCUUACGUCAGUGGGAUAAUACAUUCUGCAUUAAAAAUGUAUUAGAAGACAUUCGAAAAUCAAUGAUGCUUUCGAAAGAAAACCUAAAAUUGCCACAACCAGCUGAAGGAGCAACUUACUGA